AAUACCUACAGACAGACCACCAGAUCUCUGAAAACCCCACUCGACUGAAAAACUACAUAGAACUGCAACCUCAUUCACAGCAACCAUGAGUGAGAAAGCACAUGAUCAUGGGAUCCAGGACAAGCUGGGGCAGUUGAGAUGUCACUUCACGUGGGGGCUGGAAAUUGAAGACAAUGCAAUACCAGAUUUAGAAAGCAGGGUCAUGGAAGAGAUUGAGUUCCUAGACACCAGAUACAAUGUGGGGAUUCACAACCUCCUGGCCUAUGUGAAGCACCUGAAAGGCCAGGAUGAGGAGGCCCUGCAGAGCUUGAGAGAAGCUGAAGACUUGGUCCAGAGGGAGAACACAGACCAGUCAGACCUGAGGAGCCUGGUGACUUGGGGCAACUGUGCCUGGGUGUAUUACCACAUGGGCAGAUUGGCAGAAGCCCAGACUUACCUGGACAAGAUGGAGGACACUUGCAAAAAGUUUGCAAGUCCCUCCCGCUACAGGCUGGAGUUUACUGAGAUGGAGUGUGAGGAAGGAUGGGCCUUGCUGAAGUGUGGAGGACAGUAUUAUGAGCGGGCCAAGGCCUGCUUUGAAAGGGCUCUGAGAGUGGAGCCUGAAAACCCUGAAUUCAGCCUUGGGUUCGCCAUCUCCUCCUUCCGACUGGAUUAUGAUGAUGAAAACGUAAUUUCUCUAGAGUCCCUGAGGAGAGCUGUCAGCUUAAACCCAGAAGAUGUAUAUGUUAAGGUUCUUCUUGCCCUGAAGCUUCAGGAUGUAGGACAGGAAAAAGAGGGAGAAAGCUACAUUGAGGAAGCUCUGAACAGCACAUCCUCCAAGCCCUAUGUGUUUCAAUAUGCAAGCAAAUUUUACCGAAAAAAGGGCUGUGUGGAUAAAGCUAUUGAGCUCCUUAAGAAAGCCUUGGAGGCAAGACCCGACUCUGGCUACCUGCAUCACCAAUUAGGGCUUUGCUACAGGGCAAAACUGUUUCAAGUAAAGAAUGUGAGAAAUAUGAACCGUAGAAGGCAGGAAAGAGAAAAUGUGGACAGAUGGGUUCAAUUGGCUAUAAAAGAAUUCCAAGAGACUCUAAGACUAAGGCCAAGAUUUGAGAUGGCUUAUGUUCACAUGGCUGAAAUGUAUGCAGAAAGAGGCCAGUGCAGAUUGGCAGAGGAAAAUUUUCAGAAAGCAUUAUGCAUGGAUAACCUUGCUGACCACAUACAGCAAGACAUUCAUUACCUCUAUGGCCGUUUCCAACAAUUUCACAUGGGAUCUGAAGACAAAGCAAUCACCCAUUAUUUAAAAGGUCUAAAGAUAGAAGAAAUGUCCUUUGCCAGGAAAAAACUUACAAGUGCCUUAGAAAAACUGGCUAAAAAUCGUGUGAAACAGAAUGUGAGUGUUGUGGAGAGUGUCAGCCUCCUGGGGCUCAGCCAUAAAUUAAAAGGGGAAGUGAAGGAGGCCCUGCUGUGCUAUGAGAGGGCUCUGAGGCUCACUGAUCAGCUGAACCCUGUGUUUUGAGGAAGGGACCCCACCUCCCACUUCAUCUACUCACAACUAAAUAGAACAACAAGCUUCCCUGCUUGCUGCCUCCUGAAAUGUAUAACUGACGAAAUAAAAAAGUAGAUGGGACAGCACAUGCCCUCUCCCUGCCUUUCAGCUCCUGCCUUCUCCCUGCUGCCUUAGUGCCUAGGCCAGGAGCAUCCAUCCUCUCUCCUGGCAUCCCUGCACUCAUUGGCCCUGGAUGAAAAUCCUGUUUGACACCCAGCAGCUGCUGGAUCCACCAGGGUCCUUUUCCUAAUGACUGUGCCUUGGAAAUGAACUGCUUCCUCCUUGAGUGAGGCUGUUGUCCUGGACCAAGGAGAAUUCAACAGAUAGGGGUUCUUUUUUAUGUGGCCAGAUACUCUGAGGCACUUUAAGAUCUAAGAGCAAGACAAAUGAUCAAACAGAAGACUAUAAAAGGCGAGGCCUUGAGAAGUUCAGUAUAGCAUUCUAGCCCAAGGUCCAUUUGUCCGGCCCCACUAUACCCUAGACCUGCUGGUCAGUGGGCCCUUUAUACAACCUUCUCAUCAUUUAACCUUUCAUUUUCAUGUGUCCAGCUGCUGGAAAAUCACAAGGGAGCUAUGUGAUCCAAACACAUAGCUGGAAAUUUAUUCAUAGUUACAAAGACUUGAUGUUUUAGGGAAAGAAAAGCGAAGUCAAAAACCUGUUUGGGAUGUGCAAGGUCAAAAUGACACAAAUAGGUUUAUACCAUUUUUUGGUGUUUAUUAGGUGGUAUGUGAUAUAAUAUUUUUUACCUGACAUAAAAAUAUUUCAGUAAAAUUGGCUAAGAGCAUCAAUUCUUUGAGUGUAUUUUGAGUAAUAUUCUAAAAAGAUAUAUAUUCUCUGUGUAGAAAUAGAAAACUAUAGAACAUAAAAAGGCAGCCAUGACAAUUCAAAUAUCACCAAGUCUUUAGAAAACACAGGGAAGAUAUUCCCUUUAGAGGGCAUGGGAUUAGAAGCCUGACUUAUGUGACCUGGAUCCCUGAGGGAUGUUAACCAAUGGUGGGGACUGGGAGUGGGAAUGGGUUUGUUUGUGGCAUUCAUUUCACACUUGGGGAAGCCACAAGUGACACAUUUUUUAUUUUGUUGAUACUUAACCAAGAACAAAUUUAGUAAAUUAAACCAGAGGAAACUAUUAGAACAGAAAUAUUGUUCUUUAUUGUGUGUGGGAGGAAAAACAAAGUAUGACUUAAGCUCACCAGGCCUCUCUCUGAAUUUGUUACCAUGCCUGUUGCAGAGUAACUUGGAGGGGGAGAUUUGCCUCUACUCAGAGAAUUAAUCUAUAUGAGAACUUGAGGGCACAUCUGUACUCAUUGGAAGAUACACACAAGGUACUUCUGGUUGUCACACUAGACAGCUCUUGGUUUGGCUCAGUUUUAUAGUUGUUGGUAAAUUGAAGGCCAUUGUUCCGGAGCCAUUGGAUGGUUUAGGCAAAAAGAUGUAUGGGCAUUUAUAUCCCCUUGGCUGAAUUCAUCACAAAUGUAAUGAAGCUAGUUGGGAAGUUGUCAGAAAGUGUGAUUUCAAUGCACCAAACUCACUCAUCAAUGAAUAUUGAAACAUCCCCAGUACUCCAGGAACUGGAACCAAAAUCAGUUUGCUAGCAACCAGUGUUUGAGUUUCUACAAGUUUGUGUGCAUGUAUGUAUAUGUGCAUGCACGCAGGUGUGAGUGUAUAUGAACUUGGAACAGCAAAAGGUAACUUCUCAUAUAAUCUCUUUUAAACAAAAUCAGCUCUCAGACAAAUAAGAGGCACUUGAUAAGGCAUAAUGGGUUGGUUGACUGAAAGUCUUGUGAGUGCUACUUUUGUGUAGCUCAUAUAUGCAAUAUGUAGCAGAGAAGAACAGAGGACCAGGAAUACAGGACUGCAUAGCUCUCUCUGCUUACGUGAAAAUGAAGACUAUGGAAGAAUACAUUAAACUUUGCAAUGUUUCCUGGUGCAGAAGAGUGCGGAAAAGAAAGAGGAACUGCAAUAAAAGACUUCUCUGUAUUCACUUUUGGAACCAUGUCAAUGUUCUAUGAAAUUCCUAUUUUAAAAGCCAACCACAUAUGUAUGCAAUUCAUGAAUUUAUCUUUUUAUUUUUUAGUUGUAGUUGACACAAUAUCUUUAUUUUAUUCAUUAUAUGUGGAGCUGAGGAUUGAACCCAAGUGCUCUACUGCUGAGCCACAACCCCAGCCCACAAUUCAUGAAAUGUUUAGCAAUUAGUUACGCUGAUUGCAUUUUUAUCCAACAACAAAGAAACAGAGAAAUUGAUGGAUAGAUAGAGAAAUGAGUGGAUUAAUACAUAUGCAGUAGAGUAAACAAAAUAAAAUGUAAAAUGUAGACUCUAGGUGUGUGAGUGUUCAUUGCAAAAUUCUCUCAGCUUUUCUGUUUGACAAUGUACAUUAUAAAAUACUUGGAUAAAAAAAAAGGCAAUACUAAUAUCCAAUUAGUAAAGCAGACUGAGUGACACAAAGGAGCCAAAAUGUAUAUGGAAUGGAGGACGAAACCACACACAGAGAAAGGAUUUCCAGGGAUUGGUAAUAUACAGCAAUUUCACUCUACAUAUUUAGUAGGAUGUAUCUUUUUACAAAAAGAAUAGGGAAAAUUCUUCCACUCCAUUUAGCACUCAUUCUGAAGGGUUUUGUUGGCUGUCAAUGUGUUUUAGAAUAGACUCCAUGAAAAUGAGUUGUUGUCACUUUAAAAAGGAUUGCUCUACUUGGGAGCAAAGAUGCAGAGAGCUAAGUUGAACGCAGUUAAAUAGAAAUCCUGUGUACCUGAAUUUAUCAGAUGAGCUCAUUACACAUCAUCUUAAAAUGCACACAUAAUAUCAAUUUCAUUUUCCAGGUUUUCAUAUUGUACUACAAUUAUACAAAAUAUCACUGUUGGGGGAAGUUGGUUGAAAGGUACAUAGGAACCUUGCUGCUGCUACCUAUGAGUUACCACAGUUUCAAAAAAUGAGUGAAAUACUAAAAAUGACACAAAAACUCUAUUAGUACUUGAGUACUUGCAGUAAGACAAACUGCAGGUCAAGUUGGGAUGAGGGGGUCCCUUGAAGAUCUCUAAGAAGGGGUGAAAAUUAUCAGACCAUUUGCAAGAAAGGAGUUUUGUAUUCUGAGUGCUUUCUCUUUGGUUGUAAUUGGAAGCAGUUUAGGAAUAAUCUCAAAGCCUCAAGUACAUAUUUAUAUCUUGGUCAAAACAAUAAGUAGUAUAUUCUUUAAAAAAAAACGACAUACCACAGUGGUGCAGCCACUUCAAUAUUCAUAGCAGCAUAAUUCACAAUUUCUAAACUGUGGAACUAACCUAGAUGCCCUUCAAUAG